AUGAUCAGAGCUACAAAUGAAGGUACAUUGAAUGUUUAUAUCAAAUCAUUAGAAAAUCAAAUAGAGAAUAAAAGGUACUUCUUACAGCAAACUAGGAAUGCGAUUCAGAAACUAAAAGAUGAAAAGAAAGAAAGCAAGAGCACAAAUGAAGUAGAUGAGGCUAUAUGGCAGGAGUUUUUACGGAAGGUGAUGUUCUUUCCUGAGCGAUCUGAUCCAAUUGGUAUUAGUUUGGCAUCUACUUCUCUUAGAAUAAGAAAUAAGACAUCUAGAGAAGCAAUAGAAUCUCUGGAGAUAAAUUACAAGAAUACCAAUGCAUACACUAGUUAUUUCAAAAAUAUAAAUUCCGAUUUGGAAGAACUUGUAAACUUAAUAAAGCAAAGAGUUGAAAGCGAAUCAAAUGAAGAAGACCCUAAUUUGAUAUUAUUGCCAUCACAGAAAAAUAAAAUACUUCGUCGACAAUUGAACAAUUUAAUUGAAGAAUAUAUAUCGAUUGAUUUGCUGUCUUCACAAAACAUGGGUUCAGAAAGAAAUUCAAAGAGAGUUAAAAAACUGCUAUCGAGAUUAAUAAAUUAUGAUGAUUCUCUAUUAGUAUCUGAUUUUUUUCCCGAAUAUAAGGAUCUUUACAGAUUGCUAUCAAAAACAAAUAUAGUUGAUGUAAUUGAACAAGAGAGCACUGGUGAAAAACACAUAAGGCUUCUGGAUUUUUCAAGUAUAGAUUUAUAA